GCAUCUUCACAUGAAGAUUCUAUGAAAAUUAUUUCUGUCGAUUCAAAAACAUAUGACCUCUAUAAGUCAGAAUAUAUCGAUUUUCAAGAAACUGUGUUAUCACACCUUUCAUUUGUAAGGAAAACUACCAGCUUUCUUCGGCAAGUAGCUGAACACUACACUAUUCCUCGAAAGCGCAUACUAGAGAAUGAGUUUGUGCGUCACUGGAAUAUAUCUAACCUGCCAUGGACAUACGCUAAGUAUCUUACUACCUCAAUUAAUAGUAUCUUACUUCGCUGGCAUGAACUUGCUGAUGAGUGCUAUCUAGCUGUGAAAGACGAAGCAAUUAUGCCUCUAUGCACAAUCCAAUCUAACCGUGAAUUUUUAUGUAAUGACGAAAGUAUAAAAAAUUUUUCUCACAAUUUAAUAGGGAAGGCAAAACUUUUUCCUUUAACAGGAAAUGUGUCUGUUGACACUAUAGUCAUUGAGAUUAUUAUACUGUCAAACUGUAAAAAUCAUGAUAGAGCGAUACAAAAGUCACACAACAUUGUAAAGUAUUUUCCUUCCUUACCAGCUUAUAGAUUGUUGUAUGCAGAGAUUUUAUCAAGAAAUCCAAGUCCAGAUUCGUUAUCACAGGCUCUGAAAGAAAUAACCUUUGCUGUGCAUGUUGACGGUUCGUCCACCCUAUAUAGAGGGAAAAAGUUGUCACUUUUGCUGCGUUUAGGAUAUUUAAAAGAAGCACAAGAAGAAGCUGGAAAAAUAGAGGAAAUCUUAAACAGAAGCAGUUUAGGAUCUUGUUAUCUCCAACGACACAACUGUUCUAACGGUUUUAAAUAUUCCUCACAAUCUGUAGUUGCUUGGAGACCGUGGUUCUACUUAGGUCUGUUUCAUCUUACCAAUGGAAACCUAUCUGUAGCUGCUGAAGAUUUUACCAUAGCAUUUAACUUAGCUUCAAUAACCUUGUCGACUAAGAAGCAAUUAUCAGAAUCAAUUAUGGGAUUGCUUAUGUAUAUGAAAGCGCUAUCACAACAUUACACUUCUAAACUACAAGAUGCUAUGGAAUAUUCGGUCAGUGGUACACGCGAUUACCCGUUUAUUAUGGAUACUACAUUACUGUUAGCUCAAGGUGCUGCACGUACUUCUUUGUAUUAUAAUGCACUGAAUAUACUCAGCAUAGCAUUACGGCUUGUGAAUAUUGUUGAUGAUAAUAAUAAGCCGUCUAAUGUUGAAUAUAUCGAAACAUUUGCUGAUAUAAAAUUAGUUAAACACCAAGUUCUACAAUUACGUGCAUUGGUCAAUUAUAGACUAGGUAAUAUAAUUCAGGCAAAUACUGACGCUAAGUCUUGUUUAGAAUUAUCAUCAUUAGAUGGCCUUUGUGCUUACAUAAAAACAUUGUGUGCCUUAUGUACUGGGUCAUUGAUGAACGCAAUGAAAUCUUCUACUCCUGUUCUUUCCUACAAUUUUAAACAGGAUUUACAAAACUCCUCUGAAAUUUUCCAUCUAAAGUAUCUAAGAGAAUGGAUCCGAUAUACGCACAAUCAUUUAUAUCAACCGUUAAAUGAAUUCCAUUGGUUAAUUGAUCUUCCAGAAGUGUUUGUUCAUGGAUGGGUUAAAGGCGUGCCAUCAGAGACAGUUGAAUCUCAAAUUACCCAGCCGGGUAUCAUGUCAACUACUCCUAACCUUGUCAUGUCACCGGAUCAUAUAAAAAUGAUAUUAAAUGAUAAUUCAAGUCAAUUAUCCAAUCAAUUCACAAAUGGAGCAGAAUGUAAUCAGAAAUCAUUUCUAUUAACUAGUCAACCUAUUUAUUGUCAAAAAAUUUAUUUAAUUCAGUUAAAAAAUUAUUUAUGUAAUGUAUCCAAUCAAAUUGGUGUAUUAAUUUCAUAUGGAGAUUUAAAAAAUAAUCAAGCUAUUAAUUCAAUUAUUACUAAUUCACGUCAUCAAUUAGCAUUAGCUAUCGGAAUUAUAUAUAGUGCAGAAUUAAUUCGUAAUUCGUGGUGUCAUCAACGUCGUGUAUCAUUCAAUACAUGUUGGGCAUAUCCACAAGAUUCUCAAUAUUACCAACGAAAAUCUUUUACAAAAUUUCCAUUCCUUAGUAAAAGUUAUGUGGAUCAACUGAUGAAUAAUUGUAAUUCACUAUUCUCACCAUCAUCAUCAUCAUUCAAUAAUUAUAACAAAAAUGCAACUUCCCAACCAAUAAAUUACUUGUUAUUUAAACGUUUGUGUAAAUUAAUAAAACAACAAACUAUUGAAAAAUCUUAUUCUCCUGAUUGGUUUGUACAUGCAAGUAUUACAGCUAGACUUUUACAAUUAACUGAUCCUUAUGAACAGUUAGUAUUUUGGAAAACAUAUGAAUCUAAUAAAUAUAAUGUUCAUGAACAACAUUCAUUACACUCUCGUAACGAUGAGGAUGAUGAAGACUCAAAUGGACCAAUACCUUCUUAUUCCUAUCAUUCUUCUUCAUAUUAUGGGAAUAAAGAAAAAAAUUAUUUUGGACAACAAGAAAACCACUGGGAAAACGGUGUAGUAUGGGAUGAAAAAUUUUUCAUAAAAAAUGGACAAAUUUAUCAUGAAUAUAUCAAGUACUUGCAACAUUCUAUCAACAUGAUUUUACUAUUGAUCAAAGAUCAAUUUCAACAUCAUUCCGAAUACUUGAAUGCGGAUGAGAAUAAUUUUGAGGCUAAUUACUUGCUUAUGGCAUACGAAUUUGAUCAAUGUUAUUCUGAUUAUGACAAUCGUUUACUUAAUCAAACUGUGCAACAUUGUUUGAAACCUAUAUUCGAUAAACUAUGGCACCAUGCACAUUUAGCACAUUUAACCGUUAAUAAACUCCAAGCUUUUAUAAACAUUUAUGUUCCAGGAAUUAUGAAUCCGAAGGAUGAUGGGAUAUUAUUAAUGCCAUUAUCACCCCAGUCUAGGCCCAUUAAACUCCAUCUAGGUGUUGUCUUGAAGUUUGUAAAACAUCUUACAGAUGAAAAUUAUUCGUUAUCGCUUCUGUAUAUUUCUAAUCCACAACAUCAUACUGAAUUAAUUAGUGAACUGGAUUCAGCUUUUAAAAACUAUCUAUUGCAUGGUGAAAAAGCUUUAACUGAUAUUUUAGCCAGCUCUAGUGUCAAAGAAAAAGUAUUCAGUUCAUCGUCAUUUAUUCAUAAAGAACAUAUACAAAAUGCAAUACAAAGUGCAUUUGACUGGCUGUAUUAUUGGAGUAUAUUGAAACCCAUUUCAUCUGAAUAUAGUUUUGUAAUUGGUUAUGGUAUGACAUUGGGUAUGCUGCGCGCCCUUGGUCUGGAACCAGUUGCUGCUUUACUAAAACAUGGAAUGGAUUUGGAAAUGGAGUCAAUAUUUAUUGGUUCACCUACACAAUUUGGUAAUCUAUGUCGGGAAGUCCUAGGCCUAGUGGAGUUACCAAAAUCAAGUAUUUCGUUAUCAUGGAAAGUUUCUCCAGAAGAAAUUAUCAAGAGUCCAAAACAUGUUUUAGAAUUUUUGAAUUUACAGUUAGUAUCUCAUUGUGAUAAAUAAAAAAAAUUUGAUGCAAAAUAUUGAUUAUUUUCCUUUUUCAUGGAAUCGUAUUUUUGUAUUUUUUAUGACAAAGUGAAAAAAUAAUUACCACUUCCUACCUUGUGGACUUCCGGUAGUUCAUAUCUCCAAAAGUUACUUUAAGAAAAAUUAAAAGAAUCAUUCAUGUAACGAUUAAACUUCGAUACUUUACACAUGAAAGCAGGAGAGAUAGUCAUGCGAGUAACUGCUGUUACAAAGUAAUGCAUUUAAUACAGCAGCAACAUCUUAAGAUCUCAUAAAAAGGUGUGUUAGUUUACUAUAACACCAAUGGAGGAAUAUCAUUAAACGCAUGGCCAUUUUCAUAUUUUUUAACUAAUUUUUUUUCGUUUCUUUUUAAAAAGAUUUUCAUCUCUUUUUCCAAUUUUUUUUCAUUCCGUUUCGUUCAAUUAAAUGGCUGGUCUUAAAUUCGUUAUAAUUGGUUAUUUAUUUCUUAAAGUUGGUAUAAAAUGUCAGUAUUCGUCGACAGAGCACAUUUUUUUCACAUGAUGGACGAUAGUAACGUACAAAGUACAAUCUCUGUUGUUCCUCACGUUAUCACAGAAACAAAUAACAUAUUUUUGAAUACACUGUAUCUCGUAGCGUUCCAAUCACUUGAAGUGUUAAUGAGCGGCAUUAGAACUCAUGAAAGAGCUACAUAUUGUCAUUAUGCGUUGAGAGAUUCUCAUUUCCAUAGAGAUCGGAAGCCGUAUAUUAAAUUUGUAUGUUGGAAAAAUGGCCGUAGAACACCUGGCGGUUCCUCACAGCCGACUAGACGAUGGAGGUAAAUUGUUCGUCUAUUAUGUUUAACAAAGAUAACCAAUGAUUUCAAAAAUAAUUCCAGCCUUUCUACAUAAGUAACGUUUACAAUGUUAUUUGCAUAUGACAUUGAAAAAUGCAGACAAUGAUUUGGUCAGGCUGCACAUUUACAAAACAUUUGCUGUUGAUAUUACUUGAAAAAAUGUUAUGGCAACUUCACAAGCACGAUAACCGAUUUACAUGACUGCAUAUACCGACAAGUGUUUUUUGUCAUAAUUAUAAACUGAUCAACUACAAAAAUGUACAGGUAGAAACAAUUUAUGCUUUUAAUGGUUAAACAAACUUACGCAAUUACAAUCCUGCGUUUAUUUACAACAACUUUUUUGUAUUAAGAAUUACUGUUUGCAAAAUAACCCUAUUAUAAAGAUUCUUUGCCACUUUCUGAAAGAAAUUGUUACUUCUUUGAGAUGGUGUAAAAGUUGCUUCAUUUACCCAU